AUGGUGUCCUGGAGUGCUCUAGGCCGAUCUUACAGCGCAAGCUUAUUUAAAAACAUCAUCAAAGCACCAUACUUAGUAAAAAAUGUGAAUUUUUCUGUAGGUAAAAUUUUAAAUGGAGACCAUGGACAUAAGACUAUGGCAAUGCAGCCAUCAAGAUGGCAAUGGCACAAGUUCAAGGAUAUGUUUCACUACUACCUGAUGGUGGGUUUGAUUCCUGUUGGUGCAAUUAUUUUCUACACAAAUGUGUUCAUAGGCCCCGCUCAGCUUACACCAAUACCUGAGGGUUAUGAGCCUAAGCACUGGGAGUAUCACCGUCACCCCAUAACAAGAUUUAUUGCCCGAUAUAUUCAUAAUAGUCCUCAGCAGGAAUAUGAAAAAUUUAUGCACUACAUUGAUGAGGAAGCCCAAAAGGGAAAACUCAGGGGUCUAGAAAAAGAAGUCCAAAAGAAGAUGGCGGAAAGGCAGGACUAUCAAGCAUAUUACUACAGACCAAUGGUUAACAAAUAUCUUAGAAUCAAUAAGAAAGUUGGUGAUGAGGCGUUUGAUCGCUAUGGUGAUGAUUAUAAAGAU